AUGAGAAUCUUUUGGUCAUUUCUAAUAUUUGUUCAGAUAGCGUUUGUUCUAGCAAUAAGUCCUGAUUCAUCGCUAGCAUCCAAGUUUACUCCAUUUGAUUCACCGGAUUUUUGUUCACAAAUCAUUACACCAACUUGUAAUACUACGUUUUCAUAUAUUGAUGAGUUGAAUAAACAAGUCAGACCGAUUUUGACCAAGUUGAUCCAUACUCCCUUUUUCAAAUAUUUCAAAUUAGAUUUGGAUAAACAGUGUAAGUUUUGGAAUGCCCAACAUUUUUGCGCUACUGAAAACUGUGCUGUUGAAAUUCUUCCAUCCUAUAAUUGGUCGGAGGUUGAUGAUGAUUUGAGACCAUCCAAGUUGGGUGAAAUCAAUAGAGCAACUAGUUCAGUGGAAAGUAUGGAAACUUCUGCUCAAACAUGUGAAGAUUUAGAUUAUUGUCAUAUUGAUGAUGAUCACCACUGUGUUUAUGUCAAUUUACUUGAUAAUCCAGAAAGAUUCACCGGUUAUGGUGGUAGUCAAUCAUUUGAUGUUUGGAAGGCUAUUUAUUCUGAAAAUUGUUUCCCCAAUACCAAUCCAAUGUCAAUGACUAAAGACGAACCAGAACAAUGUAUUGAGAAAAACUUAUUCUAUAGAUUGAUUUCAGGUUUACAUGCCUCUAUUGCUGUUCACUUAUCGAAUGAGUAUCUUGAUCCAAAUACUGGUGAAUUUUAUCCAAAUUUAAAAAUUUUUAUGGAAAGAGUUGGUAAAUUCAAUGAUCGUUUAUCAAAUAUUUACUUUAAUUAUGCGUUGGUUUCUCAAGCCAUUGUUAAAUUGAAUGAAUUGAUUUCAAUUCCUCAAUUCAUUAACCAAGGUGAAGGUGAUGAAAAACAAUUCUUUUCUGAUACUAAUUAUAAUGAAUUAUUUGAUUCCGUUUUACCUUCAUUAUCUGAAAGUAUAUUGUUUAAUACCUCGACUUUAUUUAAUCCUGAUAUUGUUUCUCCUGACUUGAAAAAUGAAUUCAGAUCGAGAUUCAAAAAUGUUAGUGCCAUUAUGGAUUGUGUUGGUUGUGAUAGGUGUAGAAUGUGGGGGAAAUUACAAACUAUUGGUUAUGGUACUUCUCUCAAAAUUUUAUUUGAACUGGAAGAUCCUAAAAAUAAGCACUUAUUGAAAUUUAGAAGAAUUGAAUUGGUUGCUUUAUUUAAUACUUUUGAUCGUUUAUCGAAAUCCAUUGAAGCCAUUAAUAGAUUUAAAAACAUGUAUUCUAAACAUUUAGAUGAUGUUUCAAAAGGGCUUGCUAAACCAGGUGAAUACGAAGAACCUCAAAAGGAUAAAGGUUUUGGUUUCCCCUUCAUGGCCGGUUCAACUACUCAAGAGCCCUCCAAUUCAAAAAAGCAACCUCAAUCUACUCCAAAGAAGCCAGAAUCACCUCUCGAUAAAAUCAAAUCCAAUAAGAAAAGUUCAGAUUCUUCGGUUUAUAAUGAAUUUGCUAUUGGAAUAAAAGAAACUUUUAGAGCUUUGAGAUUCAUCUAUGAUAGUUACGUUGGAUUUCCUCGUAUUUGUUUCCAAUACUUGAGUGUUUAUUUGAAUGGAUGGUGGAAUGUUUUCAUUGGUAAAGAAGAGUACGUUGGUACUUAUAAUGAUCAAGGAUUCUUUGGGAAUACUAUAGACGAUAAUGAUGAAAUUGCUUACUCAAAAAAGGUGGUUAACCCAUUAGAUUGA